AUGAUGCCGGAUACCUUGACUGUUGUUUUUCAUGCUCUGAGGUCUUUAAAGUGUCAGCCUGCAAUUGUGUUGACUCGAGACACAAAAAUCGGACUCAGGGUCUUCGUUCUUGCAAUUGCAGUGCAACGUCCAAAAACUGGAACAGGCGGGGGGCUUUAA